AUGGAUUCUCCAUUUCUAGUCAUUCUCCUGGUGGCGUUCACGUUUACCUUUGUUUUCAUCUUCGUCCUGGUUGGAACCAAAAUUGAACUGCACCAAAUUAACGAUGAGUUCCUCAGCGACACCAUCCUAACGCGUCGGAUAAAAGAGCACGAAGAAUGGACCCUGAUCGCGGGGCACAACAACCUGCCGAUCAAUGUGGCCCGGUACGAGAACCAACGGUUGCGGGAGUUCGAUCUAACCUGGGACCUGGAUCGUCACGCCGUCUGGGGCAAGGUGAACAACAGCCGUACGGAUCUGAUCCGGCUUCGGAAUGGUCACGUACACGCGCAGGUUUGGGUAGCCGGUGUCAACUGUUCCGGGCAUCCGGCCGAAACCGUGCAGCAACUGUAUGAGCAGAUCGACACGUUCAAAAGGCUAAUCGAAAAGCAUUCGCAGGAUCUAGCGCUUUGUAGAUCGGUCGAAGAGUUACGGCACGCAAUCGAUGCCCACAGGAUCGGCUCACUGUUAGCCGUGAAAGGCGGACACUCGAUCAACGCCAAGCUGAGCCUGUUGCGUUCACUGUACGCGCUUGGUGUUCGCUCCAUGUCGCUGGCAUCGGAACACAAUUGUUGCGAUUGGGCCGACUCAUCGAUCGUGGACGAACUGGACAAUGGGAUCGCCGGUAGCCGGGGUGAUCUGUCGAUUUGGGGCCGACUGGUGGUGUGGGAAAUGAACCGGCUCGGAAUGAUCGUUGACCUUUCGUACGGUAGCUACGGUGUGGCGUUGGACGUGCUGAGGUACAGCCGAGCGCCAGUGAUCUACAGCAACGCUGGUGCAUACGGUGUCCAUCCGCAUCAUCUGAACGUGCGAGACGAUGUGCUGAAACAGUUGGCUUCCCGUGCGGGGCUUGUGAUGAUCAGCUUCAAUCCUACCAUUCUCGGUGGCUACACGAUCGAUAAUGUCGUCGGUAUGUCGUUCGAGGGCAUUCGUUAG